UAUUGCACUAAAUAGCACGCCUACGUAGUGCGUAUCCACAUGUGUCAUGUUGUUCAGUAUGAUAUAGACUAUGCUAUGCUGGUUUGAAUGCUGCUUUAAAAGUGAAACGCGUCAGAUCGCAGUGGUUUCUGGGCGAAUUUACUCCAGGCUGCGUCCCAAAUCGCCUGCUUUCGUACUAAAUAGUGUGCCAAAUUAGCACUCCAACAAAGGCGGCGGUCCUUACAUAAUUAGUGUAUAGAGUACGGUUUGGGACAUAGUCGAUAUGCUGCUGUUUAUUGAUUUGAUUAUGUAACAUAAACCAUUCGCUUUGCUAAGUGAUUAUUAUUAUUAUUAUUAUUGUUAUUACUAUUAAGAUGUUAACAGUGCAAAGAGUUGUUUUAGCCUCUCGGCCAGGAAGAAACGGCCAUCCGUCUCCUGAUAACUUCCGGGUGGAGGAGACGAGUUUGUCCACUGAGCUGAAACAGGGAGAAGUCCUUGUCAGGACGUUGUAUCUGUCUGUUGACCCCUACAUGCGUUGUCGCAUGAACGAUGAUACGGGUGCUGAUUAUCUGUUACCAUGGAGGCUGGAGGAGUGUAUCGAUGGAGGUGGGGUCGGUGUGGUGGAGGCCAGCAGGAACGCACAACUGGCCAUUGGUGACAGUGUCACCUCCUUCAACUGGCAUUGGCAAACCCAUGAUGUGAUUCAUGGUGACUGUGUACAGAAGGUGGACCCCAGGAUGGUUGAUGGCCACUUGUCAUAUGUUCUGGGUGCAGUAGGUAUGCCUGGACUCACUGCUCUGCUCGGUGUGAGAGAGAAAGGACAUGUGACUUCUGGGGCUGGACAGACCAUGGUGAUCAGUGGAGCAUCUGGUGCAUGUGGGUCACUGGCUGGACAGAUUGGCAGAUUGGACGGCUGUGAAAGAGUGGUCGGGAUCUGUGGAUCAGAUGAGAAAUGCCAGACCCUGGUGUCGCACCUCGGUUUCACAGCAGCCGUGAAUUAUAAGAAGGGGGACAUCUCAAGAGCACUGAAGGACAGUUGCCCCAAUGGAGUGGACAUCUACUUUGACAAUGUUGGAGGUCCUAUUAGUGACACGGUCAUAUCACAGAUGAACAGCGGCAGUCAUGUGAUCCUGUGUGGGCAGAUCUCUCAGUACAAUAAAGACGUACCCUACCCAUCUCCGCUGAGCGAGAAGACUCUAGAAGCUCUACGCUGCAAAAAUAUCACCAGGGACAGAUUUAUGGUUCUGAACUACAUGGAUAAACAUAAAGAAGGGCUGGAACUGCUGAGUCAGUGGGUGAAGACUGGCCAAAUUAAAGUGUUAGAAACUGUAGCAAAUGGAAUAGAAAACAUGGGUGUGGCCUUUUGCUCAAUGAUGACCGGAGGCAACUUUGGGAAGCAAGUUGUUAAAAUAUCAGAUUGAGCUACACCUCACCAGCAGAGGGUGCUGUUUGUUUCCUACAAGCUGCCCUGUGUGUUUUAUUUACUUUCAGUUGUAAUUGCUACAAUAUUGUAUACAGGAAAUGUCAAAUUAUAUUGCUGUAUGCUAUGUUAGGAUAGCACAAUCUGCACUGCUAUAACUGUGAUAUGUGCCUAAACAACACUAAGUAUAUUGAGAAUUUUCUCACC